CUGGGAGGAAGGGAAGGGGAAAAGGAGGAAGAGAGGCAGAGAAGGAAGGGAGGGGCACCGACUUCCUGGGCCACAAGCAAACCCGCGCCUGCAGCUCUUCCCGGGCCGCGCAGCCAUGGCUCAGUCGGAGGGGUCCGCCCGCAGCUUGGCGAAGGGAAGUGCAGACCCGGGCCCGGUGCCCGAGGGCCUGAUCCGUGUUUAUAGCAUGAGGUUCUGCCCUUUUGCCAAGAGGACACUCCUGGUCCUGAAGGCCAAGGGAAUCGGGCAUGAAGUUAUCAACAUCAACCUGAAGAAUAAGCCCGAGUGGUUCUUCAAGAAGAAUCCCUUUGGUCUGGUGCCGGUUCUGGAAAACAGUCAGGGGCAGCUGGUCUGUGAAUCUGCCAUCACUUGUGAGUACCUGGAUGAGGCAUAUCCAGGGAAGAAGCUGUUGCCGGUUGAUCCUUAUGAGAAAGCUUGCCAAAAGAUGGUCUUUGAGCUAUUUUCUAAGGUACCAUCUUUGAUGACAAGCAUUCUUAGAAGUCAAAACAAGGAAGAGUGUGUUGGCUUAAAAGAAGAGUUGCAGAAAGAAUUCAGCAAACUACAGGAGGUUCUGACCAAUAAGAAGACAACCUUCUUUGGUGGUGGUUCUGUUUCUAUGAUUGACUACCUCAUCUGGCCCUGGUUUGAACGGCUGGAAGCAAUGGAGUUAAAUGAGUGUGUAAACCACACUCCAAAACUCAAGCUCUGGAUGGCAGCCAUGAGGGAAGACCCUGCUGUAUCAGCCCUCUUCAUUGAAGCCAAGGUCCUGCGGGGCUUCUUAGACCUCUACCUGCAGAAUAGCCACAAGGCCUGUGACUAUGGGCUCUGAUGGAGGCAGGACUCAGCAAUGAAGCUGUGUCUGAUAUUUUCCUUCACUGUCAUGAAUAACAUCCUUCUAUUCUA